UGCUCGUCGGACCUCGGUGAAGAACGGUCGGUUCUUUCCAACUUUCUCGGUUGAAGUGAGUGUCGCGGGAGUUGCGUCCUGUCCUCGUCAAGAAAUAACAAGAUAAGCGUGACUCUGAUACUGAAUUGCUCGGUGUUCUUGGCGGAGAAAUUGAUCGAGAUACGUCAGUCUACUGGUGUUUCCGGCUUUUGUUUGCCGUUUGAACUACAUGAAGAAAUGUCCACACAGAUAUUUGUGAAGAUGUUCUGUAGUUUGUAGUUACAGCAGUGCAGUGAGAUCGGGUUGGUGGUAAAAGCAAUUAAUAAGCAAAUAAAUCGUUAAAAAUUCCUCAAUGAAGUCAGCACCAACAAGUUGUCGUCGUCGUCGUUGCGGCUCAGACUUGUCGGUCUCAAGUGGAAUGUAAUAGCUGUGUAGAGCGGCUGCGUUCAGUAAUCAGACCAAAAACGCCACUUUUAUCUUGCAAGCGGAGCGAAGUUGCUGUUGGUGCGCGGUGUUAUCAGAGUGUGUAGUGUUUGAGCCUGUUGUUGUUGUUGUUGUUGCUGCCGAGGUUUGGUUCGCGCGAAAUGAUUACAGAUCGAUAGUCCUUGUGUUUGCCCGUACAGAUUACGAUGGAUUAAGCAGGAGAGCGACUUGAUCAACUUUAUCAGCGCGUUGCAGCAGGGAACGCGAAGAAGAUGCAUUUAGUUCAAUCACAGUCUGAAGGUGGCAGCAGAACAACGGUGUGUAAUGUGCAGCACGGUCAGUGAGUUAGUGAAAUGAUUACCGAGCAGAGUGCGACGAAGCUGGUGCUGUUGAUCUUGGUGAUUAGUGGUGGGACUGCUCAAGACGAUUACAAUGUUGGAACAACGGACGUUGCGGUUUCGACCGUUAGCAGUGAGGGGAACGAUGCUGUGAUAUCGACUAGUGAAAUUACAACGACAGAUGGAACAACUGCGACUGAUGCGGAUGAGUACUGGAAUAGUAUAUCAACAACCACCACCGAAGAUUUAACCACGCUUCUACCAACCACCGAAGAAGAAACACCAGCCCCAACUUCAACCUCCGCCAUAUCCAAAUGCCCCUUUACCGCCGAGUCACCCUUUUUCAUCAACGUCACGUAUCCUUCCAGCGAUACCGCCAACAUCCGGUGGACACUACUUCCAGAAAUUGAACCAUGCUCACCUUCGGUAUCGCUAGACAGUGGAGCCCUGCCGCAGUCACUGGAACCAGAUGGAUCGUUUACGGUGUCCGGGUUGGCCGUGUGUCACCUGUACCGGCUUCAGGUGAAGGUUGAGUUCGACGUUGGUCAGAGUCAUCAGAAGCAGGUGCUGGUUCAGAGUGGGGGUUGGUUUGAGUUGGAGAUCUCCGUACGUUUGGGGAAGGUUGAGUGGGCCUAUCCGGAAGAGGGGUUGAGAUGUGUUGAGGGGUUUGUGGUUAAGCAGGAGAUUCCUUUCCGGGGAAUCGCUGAGGAGAGUGAGGUUGUGGUGGCGAGUGGAUUACAGCAAUCUUGUGAACUGUUGGAGUCGGUGGAUAAGUGUUCUACGAGGGUUAUCACCAUCGUGCCGUUGCUUCUUUCUGGGAUUAGGUGGAAAGGUUACGUGAAAAGAGUUUCUGUGGAAGUUGGUGCAGUGGAGAACGUUGAGGUUGAAAACAAAUUAGGAAGAAAAGUGACCUUAAGUUGGCAGAAGCCUUCGUUGAACGGUGACUGUGUUAAGGAAUAUAACGUUACUUACGCGGAAAUGACGUUACAAGUGCCUGUUGAAACCACGAGUUACGAGUUCACCGACCUGGAUGCGUGUCGAUCGUAUAAUUUUGUAAUUGCCGCAAUCGAUACGGAGAACGAGGAGAAAUCGAAAGUGGAGCAAAACGUAACGAUUCUUGAGGAAGCAAUUGAGGAGGUUGUAAGUUUGCGGGUACUUGAGAGUUCAGAGUCUGGGAAGAAGGUGCAAGCAAGGUGGGGUCUACCGACGGUGUCGCCGUAUUGCGUAGAUUUGUACGAGGUUGAAGAGGUUUCCAGUAUUGGCGCUGGUAUUGAGACGUACAGGGUGAAUGAAAACGAGAUUUAUCUGAAAACUGACGACGCUUGUAGUUUGUCAUCGAUAAGCGUUACUCCGCUAUCGUUGAAUGGACUUCGCGGACGCAAAGCAGUGCUGAUUUUGAUAGAACCUGUCCAGGAGUUGCAAGCUGAACAGCUGACCGCUACUUCGGUCAACAUAACCUGGAAACCUCCGCCAAUUCUACCAAGCUGUGUCACUCGCUACAUGGUGUACAGAUCGCUGCUUUCUGAUGCUCUGGUCAACGUUACUUCCCCUUACGCAGAAAUUGACAACCUGAAGACAUGCAAGAGCUACACAUUCGAAGUAAUUCCCACGAACCAUUACCUCACCAAGUACCCUACCACAAAUGUGACGAUCAUUCCCGAAGAGCACAUCACCCAAGUCCAGGGCUUCGCCCAGCAGCAAACCUGGUUCGAGUGGACUCUUCCGGCCAAAGGCGCCGCUUGCGUGGCAAAAUUCCUGAUCACCAGAACGGUAGACGACUCGACCUUGACGAACGCCACGAUCGAGGUCGCUCCGUCGAAGCAGGAUCCUCCCCUGUACCGCUACCUGCGCGAUCCCGCCGAUCCUUGCGCGGCAAGCAUCAAGACCGUGAUCACUCCGAUUUCGGUUGGUGGGAUCGUCGGGGAUCAGUUCGAGACGGUGAUGUACCCGCCGGUGGUCGGUAACGUGCAGAACAUUCGCGUUGAUAUCUCCGUCGAGCGGCAGCUCACGGUCAGCUGGGACAAGCCGGACUUGAACCCGGAAUGCGUCAGCCACUACCAGGUUGACUUUGAUGGUAGAACUAUGAACAUCACGGACACCACGCUCACCAUUACCGAGCUCAACGCGUGCGUUAUGUAUCGGUUUGUGGUGACGGCGGUCAGUCAGGCCGGGAUCAGUUCGGCGGGAGUUGCGAUCAAUGCGACGGUGAAGGAGGAACCGAUCAGCAGUGUGGUGGAUUUGAAGCUGGUGGAGACGGAGGGUCACUGGCUGUCUGCGGAGUGGAAACCGCCGGAGAACGGGUCGCACUGUGUGGCCAAGUACCGGGUGCAGGCCUGGGUAGCGCUCAACGGGGUUGACAGGGAGGAGUACUACAAUGUGACGGGGAACUUGUACGUGACGUUUGGACCGGUGUACGCUUGUGCGUCGUACGGGUUGCAGGUGAUUCCGGAGUCUUUGACGGGCACGGAGGACGGACUAAAUGCGAUCGAGAUGAUCCAUACGGCGGAGAGAGUCAUAAUGUACUACCACAUCGACACGGUUCGAAUGCGAAAUCAACUGGCGCACAGCUUGGAGCUGUACACCAGGUUGUCCAACGAGACGAACAACCUGUGCCAGCUGACGAUGGUGCGCUUCACGUGUCGUUCGGAUCGAGUCCCGGAAGGCGAACCCGUUAUUACGGUCACCGGAGAAGCCUCGAUCACCGGAAUACCCGACCCAACGGUAACCUUCUCCAGCGAGGUGAGCCCGCUAACCCCUUUCAACGAGUACAACUGCACGGCUCGCGUCCAGAACGUUGCCGGCUGGUCGGAGGAAUCGGCUUCGGUGCCGUUCACCACCGAUGAGUACUUUCCAGAGCAACCCCAGCGACUGCAGCUAAGUCGCGGCAAUCGUCGGAUCGAGCUCCGUUGGAACGCUCCACUCGUCAAGAACGGGAUCAUCACCUGGUACCGGGUGCACAUUCGAUCUGUGGGCGAAAAGUACCCCAUUCCGACGUACUGCCCGGAGGUUCCGCAGUACAACGAGACGAUCAACCUGAGCGGGAACGAUGAGGAUGCGAACGCUCGGGUGGCGAACUGGAACGACGAGGAGUUGAACCAUACGAUCGUGAACUUGCAACCGUACACGGACUAUGUGGUGCAGGUUGCGGCGGGGACUAAGGCGGGGUUGGGGCCGUACACGGAGAUGGUGUCUACGUCGACGUUGCCGGAGGUUUCCGAUCCCGUUUAUGCGUUUUCCGAGUACAACGUUACGCUACCGAAGGUCGACGAACCGUACAACUCUUCCGUCUAUCUUUCGUGGAGUCCUCCGUGCCACCUAAACGGGCGUCUUCGCAGCUUCAGCGGACAGUUGAUCGGCGUACGAGCGGGCGUUGAACUGACCCUAGACUGGGAGAAAACGAUCGAGCCGGGGGAGGAACUUGCCGACAAGUACACCCACGUGGACGCCCGGCUGGAGCCGGAGUACGUCUACAACAUGUCGCUGGUGGUGUUCGUGGAGGACGUGGACAAUCACAGUUCGCCGCUGUUCUUGGAGUUUCGAGCACCUGCUGGAAUCCCCGAGUUCAGGGAGGACGUCAGCUGGGGUUCGGUGAACGUGAUGGGCGCUCCCAACCCAACGCACACCGCCAAGAUCAGCCUGUCGGAGAUCAUCUUCGACUCGGAGGUGGGUAACAUCAAGUACGUGGCGUUGCUCCUGUCCGAGCGUCACUGCCAGGCUGAUCCGGAGCGGAAGCGUGCGCUGUCGGGAGAGUGGCCCGAUAUGGCCUCGUGGGCCGAUGUGUACCAUCUGGAGUGUUCGCCGCAGUACCAGACCACGCCGAAGCUGUGGGAUCCGAUCGCGGCGAGGCGGUACUUUGGGCGAAGUGACGAGCAGAUCAUGUUUGUGAUUGGUAGUGAGACGUGUGACGAUGGGCGGGAGUAUUGUAACGGGCCGUUGAAGCCGGGCACGGAGUACGCGUUGAUCGUGAGGAUCUUCACGGAUAGUGGGUUCAGCGAUUCGCCGAUUCAGUAUUUUCAGACGGACUCUCUUAUCCAGCUCAUGUUGAUCGUACUUACCAUAUUCGGCUGCCUGCUCGUCGCCUUCAUCCUAGGCCUCGUAAUCUUCAUCCGAACGCAAAAAUUACUAGCAAUAACUCAGGCAGCGUCACGAUCACCCAACGAAGAACCCUCGGACAUUCCGCUGAAGAGCUUCUCCGGCAUCUACGAAGAGCUGAUUCAAUCCAACAGGGAGAAGAUCACCAAGGAGUAUCAAGCGAUCAACUACUUUUCGGAGCAGCUGGUCAACGAAACGGUCACCUUCUUCGUAGCAAAAGAAAACGAUCGCAAGAAUCGCUACCUCGGUAUCCUCCCCUACGACGGCAACCGGGUUCCGCUGGAGUUUGACGAUGCGAUCGGCGACGAGGACGAGGAGGUGAACGACUACAUCAACGCGUCCUUCAUCGACGGGUACAAGUACCAGCGGGAGUACAUCGCCACGCAGGGACCGAAGAAGGAGACGAGCUUCGACUUUUGGCGCAUGAUCCUGCAGUACGAGGUCGAGUCGAUCGUGAUGCUGACGCAGACGGUGGAGAACGAUCGGAUCAAGUGCUACCAGUACUUCCCGCGGUAUCAACAGUCGAUGGCGUUCCGGGAUAUCACGGUGAAGUGCACGCAGGAGAUGAACCUGACCUUCUACCAGAAGCGACUGAUGAUGGUUACGAGGGGUAACCAGAGCAAGGCCGUGUUCCACUAUCACUUCUUGGUGUGGCCAGAUCACGGGUGUCCCGCGAGUCCGGCGGAACUGAUCAAGUUUAUCAAGAUAGUUCGGACGGAGCGGAAAAAUCUCGCGAUCCCGGCGGUUGUCCACUGCAGUGCCGGCGUUGGUCGAACGGGAACGUUGAUCGCGCUGGACAUCAUCCUGCAGCGGAUCCAACAGGAGAAGAAGAUCAACAUCUACGAUACGGUGAAGCAGCUGCGCCGACAGCGUGUCAAAAUGGUGCAGACCAGCGAGCAGUACGCGUUCCUGUACCAGAGCUGCCUCGAGUACACGAACCGGAGCAGUCGCAAGAAGCCGAAAACCAGCACCGAUGAGAGCAGCACCGGAACGCGAAGCAGUCAGCAGUACCGGGCCAACGGAACGGCGAAGAACGGGCGGAGGUUCAACAUCAAGUUUCCCAAGUACGUGCACGGUGGGAUUGCGAACGUGAAGAGUUACCCGCCGGACGAUGUCGAGAGUCAUACGUGAUGUGGCGAGGUGUCGACAAAAGAAAAAAGUGAUUCCUUGAGACUAUGCUUGAGCAGACAAUCUAUUACUGUUAACUAUUAUGAACAAAGUGGAAAUUAUACUAGUCAUUUACUAA